AUUGCAAGUUGUCGACUGGAUAGGCUAGGUGUCGAAUAUGUGAACUUGAGACUUUCUGGUCGUGGUUGUUGGCAUAGUUGCUAGUGUAUGGCUAAAAGGGAAGACAAUAUUCAUGAACUGUAAGUGCAUUUGAAGGAGAAUACAGAGGAGAGAAAAUAGAAGUCAGAGUGAGAAACUCUUGGGGGUAGAAUGAGCGCUCGGGAAAUUCUGUAAGUGGGUGUUAAUCUAAAUCUUGAUUCCGCACUAGAUCGACUUGAAGAAAAAAUCCUGUUCAUUAGCGGUACUGUUGAAGACUUAGAAUCGUGAGGCAUGGACUCUGAGAUGGUAGUCCAUGAAGGCGGGUGCCACUGCAAGAAGGUAAGAUGGCGAGUGAAGGCGCCUAGCAGUGUCGUGGCUACGAGUUGCAACUGCUCGAAUUGCUCUAUGAGGGGUACCACCGCUUUCGUUGUCCCUGCCGAAAGAUUUGAACUUUUGGGUGAUUCUGAGCAGUUUAUUACAACUUACACCUUCGGUACUCAUACGGCAAAGCACACGUUCUGUAAAGUUUGUGGGAUAACUUCCUUCUACUAUCAACGCGAGAACCCUGAUGGGGUCGCAAUCACGUUUAGGUGUGUUGAUCCUGGAACACUCACCUGCGUUGAGAUUAAGUAUUUCGACGGGAAAAAUUGGGAAGUUUGACACAGUCAAUCAGGCAUUGUGUCGCAGUCAGAAGUGCAAACUCUGCAAAAUAUAGGCUAAGUCGUCGUCGUCGUGCGUUUAGGUCCUCUGGGGAUUUUAAAAUGUUUAUGUGGAAUGUUAUGGCUUGUAUCAUUGUAUGUAAUGGCUACUUUCUUGUGUUGUUUUCGUCUCCCCUUAUGUUUUGUUCUCGUGUUCCUUUUGUUUUGGCCAAAUGUAUGAUUUUGGUACUUGUAGAAAACGUCCACUUUUGUCCUUGUAGUUACAAUUGUUGCAAUUUAGAAUCCGUUUGGAUGUGUGAAAA